CACGGAGGGGGCUCCGAGACCGGGAUUGAUUCGGGGCAAAUGAUUGAUGACCAAGACAACGUAAUAUUUCCUCAGUACAAAGCCAAGUGUGACCAGCUGCUUCUAACAACCAGCAGACAAUUACAUGAAGGAGCAAGACAGUAUCACAUUCUCUCGCUGAAGAAACUUCUACAGCAGGCUGACCAGAAUUGCACACAGUAUUCCAAAAGUGGCCUCACCAACAUCCUGUACAGCUGUAACAUGAUGCCCCAACUGCUGUCAUCAGAGCUCUAUUCAGUGAAGGCAAGCAUGCCAAACAUCUUCACCACCGUGUCUAGCUGCAAUGCCACAUUCAAGGAACAAUCAACCUUCACACCAAGGCUGACCAAGCGGAACAGCAACCACCCUGCAUCACUUACGCCAGCCUGUGGAACACAGAUACAAGAGGGGAUGAGGAACCAGGUCAAGACAAAGAGGGAAACGUUUAUGCCAACCUUCCACAGAUGUUGUGAGACAGCACAGAAGAAAGCCUGUGAAACUUCACAAAUCAAUCAACAGCAAAUCUAUCUUCUCGCAAAUAAGGAGGAAAUGGAAGAGAAGGCAGAGCACUGUCAUGUUUCUGUGACUUGGUUAGGCUUUGUCUCAGUUCACACAGCAAGAUGUCAGUUCAAAAGAUGGACUUGUCUUGAGAAACCAUCUGGAUAAUGGUCUCUCCCACAACUCUCGGUGGGUCAAUUUAUACGGCUGUAGCACGAUCUAAUUGUUGAUGGCAGAGAUUUAAGAUUUUAUGGUGUCCUUUCCUAACUUGAGCAUCCAUUUGAUUUCCUGGUGAAUGGGUCAAGGCAGACUAGACAAUGAAUUGUACAUACUCUACAUCUUUUAUUUAAAUUGUGGUGAGCUGGAAAUAAUUCAAGACAAUAAUUCCCUAGCCCUAUCUUCAUUGUCCUCCAACUUCAUCACAUAAAAUAUACUUCCAGAUCUCUUUUCAUACCUCAUACGGAAUCUACCUCCACCACAAUCCCAGGCUGCACAAUCCAAAUCCUAACAACUUUGAGAAAAGACAUAUCUCCUCAUGUGACUCCCAGCUGUCUUGCCAGCAAUCUUGAAAUUGUGACCCCUAGUUACUGGCAUACCAACUUGUGGUAAAAAAAAUUCUUCUUUCCCCUGUCAAAAUUCUUCAUAAUUUUGAACACCUCCAUAAGGUCCCUCUCUAAAUCUUCUCUGCUUCAAGGAGAAGGAGCCUGAUGUCACUAAUUAUUCCUUGUAGGUAAAAUCCUUCAUUUCUUCUAUCAUUCUAGUAAAACUCCCAUGAACCCUCUCCAGAGCUUGAAGUUCCUUCCUUAAAUAAAGUGCCCAGAACUGAACACAAAUGUUACCUGACUAAUGAUUUGUAGAGGUAUAGCAUCACUUUCUCAGUUUUAUACUCAAUGCUUCUAUUUAUAACUGCAAGAAUCCUAUAAACCUUCUUCACAACUGUUUCAGCUUGCCUGGCGACCUUGAGAGAAUGAUGUGCAUGAACCCCAAGGUUCCUCUGCUCUAGUGCUCCCUACAAAAAUGUACCAUUGACCCUACAUUGUUGCCAUGUGUUUCUGGUAGCAAAAUGCAUUUCAUUUCAUUCCUCUGCAUUGGAAUUCUUUUGCCAGAUUUCUACCCAUUUGGCCAAUUUGUCAAUCUCCCUGUGAAGUCACUCAGCAUCAUCCUCACAAUUCACUCUUCUCCCUGGGUUAGUAUCAACUGUGAAUUAGAGAUUAUAAUCUCAACACCAAACUCCUAAUCAUUUUAUAUAACAAUGUAGUUAUUAAUGAGUACGUGUCAGAUUCUUCUAUGUGCAUGUAACUAUUAAUCUCUACCUGUUCGUUACCCAUAUGUGAAUGGGAUUUACCUGUCUGUUCCUGCUCUGUGAAUUGAGACAGUUAAUAUUGACCUGUAUUUGCCCGUUUCCCCUAUGUGAAUGUGAGAGUGUAUUUACCAUUCUGUCCCUGCUGUGUUUUGAGAUUGUCAAUAUUAAUCUGUGCCUGUCACUUUCUCCUAUGUUACUAUGUGAAUGUAAUCACCAAUAUUUGCCUUUCAAUCUCUGCCUUGAGAAUAUGUGAAUUUACUUAUCAUUUGUACCUGUCAGUUCCUGUUUGGUGAAUGUGAACACUGCAGGUACCAAUAUGUACCCGUGAGAAUCUGCUCUGUGAAUAUGAGACUGUCAUUGUCACAAUGUACUUGUCAGUUUAUGCUGUGUGAAACUGGGCGUGUAGUUAUCAUUCUGUUCCUGUCUUUGUGAAUGAGAGUAUAGUUAUUAAUCUGUCCCUGACAGAUACUGAAAUGCUAAUGUGUCACUUAGAAACCGACCAAUGGAGAUUAAUAGUCACACAUUUGCGUUGCGGUAACUGUGUUGUCAUCAUUUGUUUGUCUGUUUCUGCAAAAUGAAAGUGUGUGUGUAGUUAUCAGCCUGUACUUAUCAAUUUCUACUCUUUCGUAUCUAAGUGGAAGCCAGUAAUAUUCUGUGUCUGUGUGAUACGUUCUGUGAUAGUUGUUAUGAGGGUGUUGAGACUGGGUCUUAAUCUUUUCUGCAUUUUGUGAUUUCUGUGUUGACUGUCAGGUCUGUCUUGGGGAGAGAGGAGCUAGGGUGAUAGCGGAAGGGAAACUGCUUUAUUCUGAGAACCAUUCUGAAUCAUGGUCACACAUUUCCUGUUUGGGUAGAGAGUCUGGGAUCACUGAGACAUUUAGUUUCAAUUUGUACCUAGACAUUGGUGUUUUUUCAUGAAAGUGUAUUUUAUUCUGCAUGUCAGUUCAUUUCUGUAUGAUAUUUUUUAUACCAAUAUGCAACACCACAGCAUGUCAUCAGUUUUCUCACCAAAAUCAGAAUCACUGAUAUGGUACAGAUCAGAAGCAGACCAUUCAUCCCCUUGUAUAUAUACUGGGACAUUCUCUAAUGCAUCAAUUCUACAGUAUUUGUUGGGAAUGUGAACUUCAUCCCCUCAUUGUCAGUGUCUAUGUGGAAAGGACAAUUUGACAUCAGUUCUGUAGACAUCUGACUUUUAAUAACUGUCGUCCUUGGUCGGACAGAUCACGGUUGUUUUCAGUUCUGGGCACAUUAUUUAGGGAAGGAUCCUCAAGUUCUUGAGAGGGUUCAUUGGAGAUUUACUGGAUUUCAAUCACCUAUGUUCAAUUGUGGUUUGUGUCUGAGUGUAGCAUAAACUCUGUAAAUAAACUCUUUUCAAUGAUGCGUAA